CCGCACUGUACUGGCUACUGUACACACACCGCGCUACUGUAUCGCACUACACGCACCGUAACUGAACUGUACGGGGACGCACUGUGCUACAGGACUGUAGCAACAACAAGAACAGCAGCCGACGACGUUCGCCACCAAGGCUUAAACCGCGGCAGAAUCAUGCCCACGUGCUAGUGGCUCGCCACUGACGGGGGAUGAGGAAUGCCCUUGACUGUGAGGACCUGGCGCUGUAGCUCGAUCCAGCGGUGCCCACGAGUGGUUAACGCGGUGCCUCUGCUGCAUGGUACUCGAGGCCGGCGUACGUAGGCCAUCAACAUGAAGAAAAUCUUUGGACUUGGGAAGCGAAAGAAGGGGCUUUCGCCGUCGGCGUCCGAGACAGGCAGCGUGAUUUCUAGGUACGAGCUCAAGGACAAGGACUUGGGGAAACUGCACAAGGCCGCUGCUUCGGGGGAUCUCGAUAAACUGAAACGGCUGCUCAAGAAGGGUGAUGUGAACCAGCUUGACAAACAGAACAGAACACCCUUGCAUCUGGCCUGCGCCAAUGGACAUUCAGACGUCGUGCUUUUCCUCCUGCAAAACAACUUUGUGAAGCUGAAUUUAUGCGACAAUGACAACCGCUCUCCAUUGAUGAAGGCCGUGCAGUGCCAGCAGGAGGUGUGUGUGAAGGCCCUGCUGGAGCACAAGGCCGACCCCACCCUGGUGGACUCCAAUGGCCUCACGGCUCUGCACCAGGCGGCGCUCAUACCCAGCUGCCCUAUCGCUCAGCUGCUGCUCCGGCACAAUGCCCACAUCGACGCCGAGAACAAGGAUGGGAACACCCCGCUGCUGCUGGCUAUGAGCAGCGGCGACCUGACCAUGGUUGAGCUGCUGCUGAGGCAUGGCGCCAAUGUGGACAGCAGGAACCGUGCCCGGCGGACCCCGCUGAUGAUUGCGGCGAGCAACGGCGAGAACGAGAUCGUGAAGCUGCUGCUGGAGCACGGUGCCGACGUGUCUUGCAAGGACGACAAGGGCUGGUCGGCCGAAGACCACGCCGUCAUUCAUGGGCACCACGCGUGUUCUCACCUGAUUGGGGAGCAAGGGGUCAGGGCUGCCCAGUCACAGUUGUCCGUGGGCAGCACGGGCAGGGGCCCUGUCCUGCCAGAGCUGGGGGCUGCCGCUCGUUUGGGCAUUCCCGCGCUCAACAAAGCGGGAGAAGAUGCUUCUCACACAGAGACAUUGAGCAGGACCGGGCCCACGGCGGAGGAGGCCGCAGGCUCUUGGUGCUCCAGUGACGACGAGGACGUCCUCGACUUCAGCCCAAAGAAACCUUUGAAACCUGACUUAUCUAAACUCCUGUCAGUAAGCCAAAGGUUGGAAAGUGAAGGCUCCUCCAAUCCCUAUCCAGUCCCCGACCAGGAGUUUUCCGGAGAGAGUGGAGAUGAGAGGAAAGUGUCUGCACGCCCGCUCCCCCGCGCCUCCCCUCCCAGCUCCUACAGCCGUGUCCCUCGCCCUUCCUCGCCCUCACCCCGGCUAGAUCCCUUCGCUCGUCCUCGUCAUGGUCAUCUCAAGGCGGCGGACGACGAGGAUGACGAGGAGGAGGAGGAAUGGGAGGAGGAGGAUGCUGCUGGGAGCUGCAGCGAUGAGUCGCUCCACUCGGGCUCCCCCCGCGCUCUGGGGCCCCCGGGACCAGGGAAGCACGGAACCCGCUCCCCGCACGCCGCACGGAGGGACCUCAUGGCGGCGCUCGGGCUGGAGGAAGAGGACGCGGAGGACGGAGGAGAGGACGCGGCAGAAGACGCGGACGGAGAAGCGGCCGGGACGGGGGAGGAUGAGGACAAGGAAGAUGACGAGGAAGAGGACGAUGGACAGGAGCAUGGAAGGUGGUCCCCAUCUGACUCGGAGUUCUCGGAGGCCGUGUCCGACAAGAAAGAAGCGCGGCCUCUUCAGAAGCCUCCGGGACAAGAGACGUCUUCAAAGCCGUUGACCGUCUUGAGCGGCAAUAAACCAAAUGUGAUUGAUGACCUUGGCCUGGACGAUGCUGAUGACCUGGAGGAUGCCUCCGAAUGGGAUUCCAUGGGCAGCCGCUCCGAAGCUUCCCACGAUGCGGGGCCUAGCCCGCUCAAGCCGCCGCGCGCCCAAACCGCGGAGCUGAAGGGUUUCCACGCGGGACGGGACGCCGGCGAACCCUCCCAGCUCGCGCGCCGCUCCAACCACGGGGACACGCGUUCGAACGCAUCCCGUCCGGUCCAGGAGCCCUCGGGAUCCGGGAGCGGCGGCAGCGGCGGCGACGGCGUCGGCAGCGAGGCGGCUCCCCGGGGUGCGGCAGGAACAACGCGUGAUGCGCGCGCCGCUGGCUCCGCCGGCGCCGUCGGCGGUGGCCACGCCCCCGCCUCGCCGCGGGAACCACGGCCCCCCGCCGAUUUGGAACAAGCCGCGUUGGCGUCUUCGAGUAAACCGCCGUCCCGCUUCGCGGGGGCGUUGGGUUCUGCCGCCGGUCGCCGGGCGUCUCUCGUUCUCCCGCCGGGCAAACCUACGGCAGAGUCGGAGCCGUCCCAGUCGGUUGAAAUUUGCCCUCUGAAGAUUGCGAAGCGUGAAAGUUCAGACUUGUCGUCGCUGUCUGCAGUGAAAGUAGGUGGUGCUGCUGCAGGAAGCGGUCCCCGGACGUUGCCGAGUGUUCAAACGGCAGCCUUGGUGAACACCUCCAACAACAACAACAACAGCAGCAGCAGCAGCAACCUCUUCUCCUCUGCUUAUAUUGAGCACCCAUCGAAAAUCGAGGACAAAUCAAAGGUUGCUUUUGAUGAGAUCGGAUCGCCGGGUGUCGAUCCAGACGAAGACUUGUGCGAGACCUUCUCCUCCGGCGGAACGAGCCAAAGGGAAGAACUCGACGUUGAAGCAAUUACCGAUCAAAAGGACGUAAGUAAAGUAGACCUUGCACCUGUGAGUAAAGGGGUGGAUGAUGAAAGUGAUGAGCCGGAGCUUGAGGACAACGAGCAGAGUGUCGUUCACGAGGUGAACGACUCGCGGAGCCUGGACUCGGGAGGCCCCGAAGGAGCCACGGCAGCGGACGAUGGCGCCAACAGAUCGCGAGCAGCGUUUGACGAGCAAGCCGACGGUCGCACGAGGGACGGGCGUGAAAAGCCGAAGACGGGCUCCGUUGAAAACGCAGCGGACACCGGCGCCGCAGCCCUGCCACGCGGCGAUGAGAGGGCGACGGACUCGUCGAAUCCCCAGUUAACCAAAAUUAUCCGUAUACAAACGACCGAGGGAAUCUCUGCGUUGCCCGCAGAGGACCAGGGUGACGUUCGUGUUUGUCGGGCCAGUUCGGCAGGUGGAAACGGCCGACGCGGAGGAGGCGGUGACGACGAUGCCUUCGUGCGAGAAGGCACGGUCGCGUCGUCGACGCGAAACAUCGGAAACGACUCGUGCGCUGCCGCGGUGGGUCAGAGCGCCGCAAGUCCCACGACCGCCCAGGCGUGCGACGAAGACUUAGCGUCGUCUGAGAAGCUGCCCUCAUAUCCUACCCCCCCCGAAAGGCUGCACCCCACCGACCGGCCACCGAGUCUUCCCGAGGACUCGAGCUCACUCAACGUAAAGGCAUUAGUUCAUACAUUUAACGAAAUGUUUACGAAAUCGGCGCACAAAGAUCAACCGAGUAGCAGUAUUGUUUUAAAAAGCAAACCUGUUGACGAUGAACAAGGAAGCACGUGCGUGUUAGCGAGCGCCGCCGCCGCGAAGAUAGAUGCCUGCGAUGCCGCAGUUAAUUCUGAGCUGGCGGUCGGUGUUAAAUCAUUAAAUGAACGCCGUGCACUGGACAAACCCGCGCUCGAAGAUUGUCACCCCCGAGCUAACGACGCCCUUCCUUCCAAGGAACGGGGCACGCCAUGCAGCUCCGCGUCGAGAAGCGUAGACUCCAAUAUCGAUUGCAGAAAGCAGUUCUCGGAAAAAGAAUGUCGAGAUGACAUCGAGAAAUUUAACCACGAGGUUGAUGUGUUGAAGCAAGCUUUUUUCCAUUUGGAAAAGCAGAAUAUUCAUCUCAAACAGAAGAUUACCUCCGACAGACCAGGCAAGGCCGCUGGUGAUGCAGCUGUGAGACGCGAUUUUCAAAAUGGGCCUGCAAGCCUCUCCGCUCAGACGAGUGGGCCAAAGCCUUCCGAGAUUGAGCAGGGGCCACGGCACGGACUUGCCGUGGGCCGCCACGCACGGGACGUCGAGCAGAUCCCCGAGGAACACCAACACCGGAGUGGCAGACGUGCCAUCGGCAGCGACGGUGGAGUCCGCAGUCCGCCUCCAAGGCCUCUUUCAGACUCUCUGGCGCCCACCAAGAGACACACUGCUGCUUCCAAGGAACGCACUGCCAGGAUCGGUGUUGAAAGCAACGACAUUAAAACAGGGCUCGCUGCAGGCCUGGACGAGCUCACCGAGUCGUCGGACACGGAGGACUCGGAGGGGGCGGUGAUCGGCUCGCUGCCGUCCUCCUCCAACCCCAUUCUGCAGGGGCUCUCCAUCGCAGAUCCGGCGCAGUAUGCGAGGCUUCAGGCGUGGGUCUUCCAGGCCCAGCGAGGGUUGGAGUGGGAGAAGGACCGAUACUGCCUGCUGUCCGACAAGCUGAAGCAGGUGGAGACAGAGCGGAGUGCCGUGAAGAAGGCUCUGUCAGAGAUGACGAGGAGCAAAGAGGGUCUCGAGGAAGAGAAGGUCAACCUGGAAUCGGACCUCGACGCCCUCCGGGAUUCGCUGCAGCAGGAGCGGGAGAAUGGCCGAGGUGUCGCCACGCUGUACGAGAAGUGCCAAGCUCAGCUGCAGCUCAAGGAGGAGCAGCUUCUCCUGGAGGAGAAGGACAAGCGGCACGCGGAGCACAGCCUGCAGAGCGUGCAGCUGGAGAAGUCCAUCGCGGAACAACGCAUGCAGCUGCUCGAGAAGAAGCUGUCUGAAAUCCAGCCGGAUUUGGAAAACGAAAGGAAAUUGCGACUGCAGCAAGAACGGAUUCUUGACGAGCAUUUGCAAAAGCAGCAGCAAUCGCACGAGGAACGCGAAAAUAACUCUGGAGAGGAGCUCGGACGACCGUCCCUGGCCCUGGACAACAGCAAGCUGCAGGAGGAGAUCUCUGUGUUGAAUCGUGACAUGCAGCGCCAGUCCGCGUCCUUCAGAGAAAGAGAAGAACUCUUAAUGAAUGAAAAAAACACGUUGCUUGAAAACCUCGAGGCCCUGCGGAGAAAAGUUAAUCUGAACGAGGACGCCCUGCAGCAAGCCGUCCAGAAGUACAACGUGGAGCUGAGCAACGCAAAAGCGGCAGCGGAAGAGAACGCCCGAAGGCUGGAGCAAGAGACGGUCGGCAGGGAGCGCGCGUUGGAAGAAUUGGAGACGGUCAGGAAACAGCUGCUGCGGGCGACAUCCGAGCGGGGCGAUGGGCUCGAGGAGAACGGCGGCCCGGGGCAGCCGGAGCGUCGGCAGAGGCGGCGGGAUGCCACGGAGCUCCAGGAGCUGCUCGAGCGGGAGGGGCUCCUGUCCCAGCAGCUUAGCCGCACGGAGAGCCGCUGCAGCGAGCUGGAGAGCGAGCGCCACCGCCAGUCGCUGGAGCUCGUCGAGAAGGACCACGCGCUGGAAACCUGCCGGAGGGAGUUGGGCGCCGCACGGCAGCGGGCCGAGGAGCUGGACGUCGCCCUGCGCGGCGGGAGGGAGGAGACGGCCAAGCUGUUGGUGCGCGAGGAGUCGCAGAAGGAGCGCAUGGUGCAGGCCCAGAGCGACAACCUGCUGCUGCGCCAGCAGCUGCAGGAGGCCAGCGCGAAGGUGUUGCAAAAGGAGGCGGUCGUUACGGGAAUUCAGGACAGGUUCGACGACCUGCUGUCCAAACUCCAGGCUGACAAGAACCAGCGGGAGCAGGUGCUGGAGGAGCGGAAUCAAGAACUUGUCGCCAGUGCCAUUUGCUUGAAGGAGACGUUGAAGAAGUUGGAGGAUGAGAAAAACAAUAACGAGGACCUGCUUCACCAGCGCAAGCAGGACCUGGCCGACGCUCUGAAGAAGCUGGCCAUGUCGGAGGCCUCUCUGGAUUUCACCGUCAACCAUCGCACUGCGCUGGAGGCCGAGAAGUCUCAGCUGCACAACAACCUGGAAUCACAGAGACAGCAGCUGCUGGAGAAGGAGCGGGAGCACGUGCGGGUGGAGCAGCAGCUGCAGCAGGUGCAGGCGGCGCUGCAGCAGAGCAGGCGGGAGGCGGCGGCGCACGCCGCCAGUGAUCACGAGCACGCGUGCAGCCUCGACCGUGCCCGCAGGCAGCUCCAGGAGCUGGAGGACAAGUGCCAGCGGGUGGAGGGGGAGAGGAGCCAGUUGGAGGCGGCCGUGCAGGCUCACAGCGGCACCGCGGAGGCGCUGCGGGCUCAGCUGCAGCGCUCGGCGCAGGACUGCAAGAGCUUGGAGGAGACAGUGAAGCAGUUGAGUGAAGAGAAGAAUGCAUUGGAGGAGAAACUAAAGCAGAUCGAAAGCGCCAUGUUGGCGGCGUCGGCGGAGAAGGCCCCAGAGCUGCCGGAGUCCGACGCACGGCUCUCCCAGCUGAGCACGGAGAAGGCCGAGGUGGCAGCCAAGCUGGACGAGGAGAGGAGGCGUCUCGGGGAGGUGGAGGGAAGACUGGAGCACAAAUCCAGGAAGUAUGCAGAUCUUCAGGAAGAGUGCAACAGGAUGAAAUUGCAGAUAAAGGCGCUGAAGAAGGAGCGUGAGCAGGCGAGGCUCUCGCGGAGUGAGGGCGACAGGUUCCUCUUGCAGGGUGAUGACCCGGGGAGACACGCGCAGGAAAAGAGGCUGGAGGAGCUGACGAGGCAGCUGCAGGCCGCCCACGACACGGCUCAGAGUUUGCAGCGCAGCAACCGCGAGCUGGAGGAGCAGCUGCGGCGCAGCAAGCGCCACCUGCAGAAGCAGCAGCUGAGCGGCAGCGUGGCGACGCAGGCGGAGCUGGAGCGUCACAAGCGGGAGCUGCACGAGCUGGCCCGAACAGAGCUCGCGAGCAAGCUGCAGGAGGUCAACACGUUCCUGCAGAGCCAGGCGGUGUCCCAGGAGACGUUGGAGGGCCUGAGGUCGAUGAAUGAGUUGCACCUGAAGCGGCUGAUGGAGCAGAAGCUGCAGGAGCUGGAGGCGGAGGUGGAGAGGCUGAGGAGCAACGCCGAGGAGAGCCAAAGGGCGACGGAGCACUUGCAGGCCGAGUUGAGGCGCUACACCAGCCUCUACCAAGAAGAGCUCAGCUGCAGGAAGGCCCUCUCUGCCAAGCUCGAGAGUGCGAAUGAGAGGCUGGCAGACAUGAGCGCGCACCUGGGGAGCGAGCGGCAGAGAAGCUCUCAGCUGAUGAGCGGUCGCCUGCUGGACAACACGGCGCUCGCCGCGCUGCUGCCCAUUGCCACCACCGGCCUCCGCCAACCUCAGGGCCUCCUCCACCAACCUCAGGGCCUCUACCACCAACCUCAGGGCCGCCCUCCUGGCCUCUCUCAGAGCCUCCUCUCGUACCCCGCAGACAGCCAGAACUCUGGCACUUUCAAGCAUGCCUAUCACACCAAGAUGCAGCAGGAGAUGGACAAAAUCUUUUCUCGAGAGCUGUGCCAAGCCCAUGCGGAGCUGGACGGGGCAUCCCAACGAUUCUCCCCGCUGGGGGCGGCUGGCGACGCUUGGGAGCGAGACCCCGUUGCCCGAGCCACCAGCCAGUACGUGGACGUGCUGGUUGAUCGCCACCGCAUCUGAGCCAGGGGCAGAAGCGGCCCAAAGCGCCGUCCCACGUGAACAACCCCACCGCGUUUCGGCUUCGCUUCAUCGUCACGUUCGGUUUUUUUUGGUUUUUACAGGAGCGCGGUGUGACAGUGUCGUGGCUCCAUAGAGGUACAUUCCACGUAACGCUCGUACGCGAACCACGAUGCGAAGGUGGUUUACCCUCGCCGAUUUGUGACCCCGAUCUGAAGGGAGAAUGUGAGUAAAUAAUAAUAAUAGGUCUGCGAGCUUUCAAAAAAUGUCGCCGAUGGGUGAACAAAUCCUAACUUGCCCACCACCGCCAUUAUCGUGAUGCCGAACACGGGGGGUUCUUGGCACUCACGCUUAUGUAGUUGCUUGCGCACAGUGCAGUAUAUAUAUUACUUUAUACAACAAUGUUUCAAAUCGUAGGGACCAGCAGAAGAGACGUUGCUUUCUAAUAUCGUUAUUUUAUAUUUCCUUUACAACAAUGCAAUGUGUUUGUUACCUCAAAUGGUGUGGUGUGCAUCCCGUUUGGGUAAAUCUUGAGAUUUUUCCGCGCAGUCGUCUGCUUAUAAUCAAAAUGUGUAUGCACAAUAUCUGUCUUUAACGCAUUUGUUGUAUUUAAAUGUACCGCGCAAAGUCAUCAAAUGUCAAAGUGGUUUCCUGCUCAAGUUUACAAAUCUGGUGGUGGACACUCCACAUUCCUACGACGGGGUCGAGUCUCUCCGCAGGACAACCACUCAUCAAAAAAAUGUCCCACAAAACUGAUGUCGACCCUGAAAGGAUGAAGUAAAUCCUCAACCCGGACUUGAACUCCCACACAUUCCAACGGCUCGGAAAGUCUCCUGGACGCUUGCGAACUCGUGAGCUUCCCGCCAUACUUGGUGCUCACUCCAUGGACCAAGCGUGGUUGCGUCGCGCUGUGUUAGCCGGGCCAAUGGUGGCCACGCACGUGUCCUGUAACCCAUCACCGUGGAGGGAGAGAGGGUAUGGCGGACACACGGACGACGUGAAACGGCCCCCCUCCACGUGGGCAUCGAGGAGAUGCCAUACCCCGGCUCGCCAGGAGAAGGGGGCGGUACGGCAAACGUGGACUCCACCCGUUCCGUCCGUUAUGAAUAUAACGGACGGGAUCUCGUGUUGCCCCCUCGCCACGCGUGGAUUUUCUCCGGGUGCUGCGGUCUCCUUCUUACCCGUAAACGCUCAUUAAUUUGUCGAUAAGAUCUUCGUAUGUAGAGGACUGCAGAGCUCGGAUGGGAAUGUGGCGGUGGCUGCUGCUGCUGCCCUUCCCACUCGUCCGCGGUUCGUCCUGGCGUCUCCAGAGUAAGUUAAUACUGCGUUACAAGUUGGCAUUAUUUUUACUUCCCUUUGCACUGUGUUACUUUUAACGUUUUUCGUUUUAAUGGUCGGUUAUUCCUGGACUGCCGAUCGGUGCGACGUGCCACAGUGCUUUGGGACUUUGAAUCGUUGGCACUCCUCUGCCCACAAGCUGUCAACAUUAAGAUCGAGCCGCGGUGACGAUUUAUAACAUUUAACUAUCAGUCCGAUGAAACACUACGCAUUAAGCCCGAUUAAGUCCGGCUGGCAUGAUAAGUUACUACACGGUGGAAUUUGGGACGGCGGAGUUGGUUGACCCCGAAUGUUUGAUCGUCUUUGAAGUUUUUAGACUUUUUUCCAGGGAUACGUCACUGGUAUUGAACACUAUAGGGUGCCAUUCUGGGUGGUCUGACAUGUGUUUGAAUCGCAUUCUAGAAACCUAAUGGUGAAAUGUGUUAAAAGUGGGUUUUCAAAGUCGCCUACACUCAUUGUAUUAAUCACACCAAGCUUUAGCCGCCCACAUGCGGCUCAUACUUGAGACGAGUUUUUCCAGCUCACCUGUUUGAAGCCCCACUUUUUUUUUCUCCCGGAUUUGAUGAUUUGAUGAUUUUUACACUAAUGUUAUCGUUGGAGACACAUUCAAAGUGUGCGAGAGAAAGUUAUUGAAGCGUCGGGUUAAAUUGUCGUGCAGGGAAACAAUGCGCGUAAAGUAUUAGCGAAUCCCUUUAAGUUUACACAAUAAAAUAUCCCACGUUUGUUUUAAAAGA